UCUACCACGCAGGCGCAACAAAGCCGCCGCUCGCUUCCCGCCUUUCGCGCCUCAGGGCUCUCGCCUUUUCGCUUCGCCGCCUUCCUGAGGGAACGAUGGCCCCGACCUGCCGCUGAACGCUGCUGCACUCGCCAUGGCGGAGUCCUUGCUCCCUGUGCCCGGGUUGUCGCUGCGGGAGGAACCGCUGCCCGGUCCGGGCGCCGCCGAAGGAGAGGCCGAGCUGUCGCUGAGCUUGGCGCGCACCAAAACGCGGUCGUACGGUAGCACGGCCACGGUGGUGGCCCCCUUGGCGGAGCGGUACGUGGAGCACUGCCUCAGCCCCGGAGACACCUUGCCGGGCCUGGCGCUCAAGUACGGCGUAACGAUGGAGCAAAUAAAAAGAGCAAAUAAACUUUUUACAAAUGACUGCAUAUUUCUUAGAAAAACAUUAAAUAUCCCAGUUAUACUGGAAAAGGCUUUGUUGUUUAAUGGAUGCAACUCACUGGAAUCCCCAGAAGAUGAUAUUGACAAUCCUACUCCUUGCGAAGAAAGUCCCAUGACAGUUCAGGAAGACAACUCUUCCCCCAGUCCUCAAGAAUCUGACAAUCGACUUCCCCCACCUGAAGAACUCUCUGCCAAAGAUUUUCUGCAUAGAAUGGACGUGCAGAUUAAAUUGUCCAAACAAGCAGCUAAGAAAUUAAAAUCUGAAGAUAACAGGGAAUAUGAUGAGGAAAAUUCCUAUGCAAUUUCUUCCUAUCAGCAGUAGAAAAUGGAUAAAGAUCUGGAAUGAAAGCAGUUCUUAAAGAACUAAAUAUUUGAAGAUUCAGAAUAUUUUUUGAAUUGAUAAUAUUAUACUUGUUACAAAUCAUAUAUAAAAAUUCCACUGACUGUUGCACUAAAGAUGUUUGAAUGUUUGCCUUCUAUAGGUUAAUAUUCUUUUACUAUUCAUUAAUAAAGGAAGUGCUUCUCCAAAAUAUUGCCUUUAUAUUUCUGCUAAAAAUGGCACAUUAGCAACAAUAUGUUCCUAAGAGAACUUAAAUGCAGAUUUUUUUUUGUUUUUGUAUACAUAUAUAUAUAAAAUAUAAUAUUAAAGGAACAAUCAUUUAUUUUAAAAAUAAAGUCUGUGAAGUCUUCACUCAGAUAUGUUUGUAAUGCAAAUUUUGUGAACUUGAUGCUGAUGGAUGAACCAUGGUUAAGUUGUAUGUUUAUGCACAUCUGUAUAUGUCUCUGUGUUAACAUAUAUAAAGAUAAUGCUCUUAAAGUGAAUGAGUUUUAGCCAAAUUUAGGAAGAAGAGUUGGGCUUUUAAAAUAUUAUUUAAAAUAUAAAUUAUUUUGUUUGGAAAACAAGGGACCAAACAGAGUAAAUUGUAUUUUUUUCUUUGUGAAAAGGUAGAACAUAUUUUCUUGUUAGCAUAUAUGCAUAGUUUCAUGUAUUGAAUAUAAAAUGCACUUUAAAAAGUUAUUGCCUUUGUUGUUUGGCUAUCUGAUGCUUUGCAACUCCUGUACAUUUCAGAUAUGAUUUGUUUCAUAUGCUAUAUUAAAGUUUCUUAAGUUA